GUUCUGCACAGGAUACUUUAUGAACUCCAAGUUAUGAUUAUGCACACCUUGCUGACAGAUGGAUUGGGCAUCAAGAUACCACAACAACUUUAGGUGGCUCCCCUGAAUUAUUAAGUAAAAAAACAUAAACAAACCAGGAACCAGAGACCUCAGGCCCCAGAUCAAUCGUAAACUUCUAGAAAGGGCAAUGGCUGUGGCCCUAGGUUGUGCCAUCCAGGCCUCCUUGAAUCAGGGCUCUGUGCUGCAAGAGUAUGACACAGACUGUGAAGUAUUCCGCCAACGUUUCAGGCAGUUCCAGUACACAGAAGCAGCUGGACCUCAUGAAGCUUUCAACAAACUCUGGGAGCUUUGCUGUCAAUGGCUGAAGCCAAAGAUGCGUUCUAAGGAACAAAUCCUGGAGCUGCUAGUGUUGGAGCAAUUCCUAACUAUUCUGCCCACGGAGAUAGAGACCUGGGUGAGGGAACACUGCCCAGAAAACAGAGAAAGAGUCGUGUCUCUGAUAGAAGAUUUACAGAGAGAACUUGAGAUACCAGAGCAGCAGGUCAACAUGCAUGACAUGCUUUUGGAAGAAUUGGCACCGGUGGGGACAGUACCCAUGCCACCAAAUAUGCACCUGGAGUCACCUGCACUCCAGGUAAUGGGAACUGUCCAGGACCCCCCGGUAGCAGAGGCCUGGAUCCCACAGCCAGGGCCACAGGAGAUGGACUAUGGUGCUGCUGGUCAAUGCCAGCCCUUUCUGGAUCCUGGAUAUCCAUUACCAAAGCUUGAUGUGAACUUCCCAUUGGAUCAUAGGGAAGAGCCAUGGGUGAAGGAAUUACAGGAUUCCAAAGAAAUGAAACAAUUACUUGAUUCCAAAAUAGGGUUUGAGCUCGGCAUUGAAAAUGAACAAGAUGCUUCAAAACAGAAAAAACUGGAAAAUAUGUAUCCAUUUAUUGUAACUUUAGAGGGCAAUGCUCUUCAGGGUCCUAUUUUGCAAAAGGACUAUGUCCAGUUAGAAAACCAAUGGGAACCACCUCCAGAGGAUUUACAGACAGAUUUAGAAAAACUUGUAGAUCCUCCAAACCCUACUCUAGGAGAGACACCUGAGACCUCCAGUUUGGAAGAACCUCUCAACCCUAAGCCUCAAAAGAAAAAGAAUCCAGGGGAGAAACCCCAUCGGUGUCCUCAGUGUGGAAAAUGUUUUGCUCGGAAAUCACAACUCACUGGGCACCAGAGAAUUCAUUCUGGAGAGGAGCCUCACAAAUGCCCUGAAUGUGGAAAACGGUUCCUUCGUAGCUCAGACCUUUAUAGACACCAACGACUUCAUACAGGAGAGAGACCCUAUGAAUGUACUGUAUGUAAAAAGCGAUUCACUCGGCGGUCACACCUUAUUGGGCACCAGAGAACCCAUUCUGAAGAAGAAACAUACAAAUGCCUGGAGUGUGGGAAAAGUUUUUGUCAUGGAUCGAGUCUUAAAAGACAUCUGAAAACUCAUACAGGUGAAAAACCUCAUAGAUGUCAUAAUUGUGGGAAAAGUUUUAGCCGGCUGACAGCACUUACUUUGCACCAGAGAACACAUACUGAAGAGAGACCUUUUAAAUGUAAUUACUGUGGGAAAAGCUUUAGACAGAGACCAAGCCUUGUUAUUCAUUUAAGAAUCCAUACAGGGGAAAAGCCAUAUAAGUGUAGUCAUUGUUCAAAAAGCUUCAGACAGAGGGCAGGCCUAAUUAUGCACCAAGUGACCCACUUUAGAGGACUUCUUUGAGAAUUGUUAAGGGAAGAAGUAGGUCCUACAAAAAUUAACACUAACCCAAAAAAUUGUAGCCUAUAGUAGCUUGUCUUGGAAGAACCGUAUAAGAACACUUUCUUAGGGGGUAUUUUUCAAAACCUGUCUUCCAAGGUAUAUGACUUCUAGAGUAUCUACCUAUUCUUGCAACAUUCCUACAUUUGAUUUAUCCUGUGUAUGCAACCUCUUUUUUAUUGCAAUGGCAAGUUUUGUGUUGUAAAGCAACCAUAUGAUACAUAUAAACACAAAGCAUGUAAAUGAUGACGGUCUUUGUAGGGGUAGGGUCAAUAUAAUCAAUGAUUAUGUCUAUCUAACAUAUCUGUUAUAGCAGUACCAUACACAUUCUGCUAUAAUAUUAUUAAAGGUGAUUAUGUGACCACAAAGCUUUAGAUGUGCCCCCAGUUGGCAACAGGAGGCAAUGAAUUUUGUCAAACAAUAAAAAUGUGUCAGUAGUAUGAAGAUGAAUUUGCCUGGUAAGAUAAGAACUGGGUCAUUGCCAUUAAAGUUUUUAUGUUUAAAAAAGUUAAGAUUUUUAACUUUGACUUGAGACUUUUGCAAAAUUUGCUCACCUGAAUUUGGCAGUCUGGUAUGGUGAUUAGAGCGGAGUAGUAAGUUUGUAAUUAAGCUCUAGGGCUGGCAGAAAUCACUUGAGAGUUGAAAUUGUACCAGUAGGAUUGAAAUUAAUUUAGAUUGAUGCAAUGCCUUUUCACUCUCCUUUGGUAAUUCAGUCAAGUGACUUUCAGUGCUUUUAAAUUGUACCCAUUCUUUAAUUCAGUGUCAUCCAAGGUAAAUGGCAUAGACCAUUUAGUUCUACAACAUAUUCUGCAGUUAAGUUUGGGAAUUGCUAUCUACCUAGAUUCAUAAUGCAUAUCAGUUUGUGAGAGAGAUCCUAGUCUAGUAAAGGAAGAUAAAGCACCUCUUUUGGCUCAGUGUUUUUCAAACUUAUUUGAUGUCCACCUAGUAUUAACUUAGAGAACUAGUAUUCUGCAAACACUUUCUGAAACACACUGCCUUAUGCAAAUACCUUUAUAGCUAUCAGUGUAGUCUUUUUUGAGGCCAAGCUAGUUAUCUCCAGCUAUUUCAAGAGUUCUCUAUAAAACUCUUUAAAGACAUACAUCUUGUGUAUCAUACAAACAUAUAAAUUUCCCAGUGAUUCUCAAUGUUUUUGCAUUUACUUAUUAUUACAUACACACACAGACACAUACAUACAUAUUUGAAAGAGGUAAGGGUCACUAAUUCAAAUGAUUUAUAACUUAUCUGGUAAUUCUCAACCUUUUUCAGUUUUAGUUAUGAUUACACACACAUACAUGCACACAUAUCGCUACUUAUAUAAACAUUCUCAUAUAAUCAUGAUAAUUCAAAUUCCCAUAAUAAGGGAAGAAGUCUCUGCAUCUGUUAAACUGUUGAUAUGUGAAAAUAUCUGUUGAGCCUAAUUCCUUGUUAUCAGAUAUAAGAAAUGGAACAUUCAAGCAUUUUCCCUUUAUGAAGAUUUCCAGCCAUCCUUUCCUUAAACUAAGAGUAGGGAAAAUACAUCUCUUCUCUGGCAUUGAAGUUCUUGGAAGUGAUGUCUAAGUAUUUUGGGGUUGUGUACUAUGUGCCUAACUAGUCCUAGGCUUAAUGGAAACUAGCAAUGAAGUAUAAUUCAUAGGUAAGACAUUAAGAGUAUAAUAUCUCUAGUUAAACAAGAGUUGGGAAACAAAUGGAAAAUAAUGCAAGGGAGUUCAUAAUUAAGUGCCAAAUCAUAUCAAGUGCCAGAGCCAGGAUGUGUCUUUAAUUUGUGGCAUCCAGGUCCUUGUAUUAUGCUGCUAUAAGCCUGAGGUUAAAAUUGAGACCCCAGUAGCAAUAAACCUCACACGGGAGGAGUCUGAAUGUAGAGAUGAAAAAUUCCGAAUGUAAUGGCUUCUCUUUCUCUCUUGUGGAAUAGCAUUCAAACCAGAACAGUGCCUUAGAAUGGAUGUACCCAACUGCUCUGUAUUUAUACAAUAUUUUAAUAAAGUGGUAAUGUAUAUAUGCUCUUCCUGCUUCUCUCACAUUAAGUAGUUGAACAACCUAGAACUGCUUCCUGAACAAUGGCAACAAGCAUCACUAUUGAUUCCUGUUCGCAUUCCAAGUUGUAUUCACCUUUUGUGUCAAUAAUCCUGGUGCUGCAAUUUAGGCAUUAUUAUUUUUUUUAGCAUUUAAUAGAAUAAAUUUUAGCUAGUAGGGUUAAAUAU